GGAAAAAACAUGUAAAGGAAGUUGAUAAAAAAAUGACUUAGUGUAGAAGUCUAGGGCGUUAGACUAGAGAGGAUUUCGGUAUCUGCCUUUCUAUAAUUACUGCUGCCCGUCUCCGAUUUUCUCUUCGCUUCGUUUUUUGUGAUCUCCUCCCUCCAUUAUUCACGAAUUUUAAGCGAAUUUCAAAAUCAACGUCCUCUUCAUCAUCAUCUGAUUUCACCUAACAAUUCUAUCAAUCGAUUUUCAUCUUUUUCGUCUCUUCUUCUGCUUCAUUAGUACAACCAGAUAAUUUCUUCGUUUUUCUGCAAAAAGAAGAUGAAAUCCAAUUCAUCGGAACGAAUCGGAGUUAGACAGUACAAUAAAUCGGAACUUCCAAGGCUGCGGUGGACGCCGGAGCUUCAUCGGUACUUCGUUCGAACAGUCGAGAUCCUUGGCGGAAGAAAUCAAGCAACGCCGAAAAGAAUCCUGCAAAUGAUGGGAGUGAAAGGAUUGAAGAUUUCACACAUAAAGAGUCAUUUACAGAUGUACAGAAGUAUUAAAUUAGAGAAUGGGAGUAAGUGUGAGGAUGUAGUGAUGAGUCAAGGCAUGAAGCAGACAAGAAGAAGAACAUUGCACUCUUCUGAUAUCAAAACCUUCUUAUCUUCAGUCUCCUCUUCAAGUGGGAUAUUGGGAGAAGAAGAAGAGUUCAAAAGAAGUGAUAGAAUACACAAAUCUUCAUCCAACAUAAAAGACAGAAUUAUUUCUCAACAGGAUUCAGAUUCAGAAUCAGAAUCAGAAUCAGAGGAGGAAUGCAUUGGAGGUUCAAUGUUAGAGGACCAAACAUGUGAUUGUGAACUCACAUUAUCCCUCAAACCUUCAAUGACACAACAAAUUCUAGAAAGACAGUUAAGUGAUCAAGAUAACAACAGCUCUUCCAAUUCUAUCUCCAUCUCCCAACUCAAUUUUGUACAUCUCAAAGAAUUCUCCCAUCCUCACCGCCAUAUCAAUUUGGACCUAACCAUAUGAAAAAACCCUAAACUCUUCCAUUAUAUUCAUAGCUUUAAGUUUAUUUUAUUACACUUCUCUGUGGAUUACAUGUCAUAUGUUGUUGUAAUGUUAUAUCAGGUUAAGAUAUAUAAAGUUUAGUGUUUAUUUAGUCUCUAAAUUAAAAAUUAAAAAGUGUAUAUACUUUAAAAAGAAUCUAAUUGGUCUUUAAACAUGCAAUAAACCCUUGACCUACAACAUUAUGUACUAA